UAUAAGGUGUGAACACGCCUUAGAGGUUUUCCUAUUAUUAAAUCCUCAGAUCCAUAAUUGUAUUUCUGUGUUAUAGUGAUACAUUUAAACAAAGAAAAAAUUGCGGAAUAUGAGGAAUGUGACAGAGAUUUCCUCUCUCACUCUUGUGGGUCUAUCAGACCAUCCACUGACCAUGAAUGGACUUUUUGUGUUCUUCCUUUUCAUCUAUCUGAUGACUCUUAUCACAAACCUUCUUAUUUUUUUCUUGGUCCUCACUGACUACAAUCUGCACAACCCAAUGUAUUUUUUUCUUGCCAACUUGGCAUUUCUGGACAUGUCCUAUUCAUCAGUGACGGCACCAAGGAUACUCUUUGAUUUGGUCACAAAAAGCCGAUCAAUAUCCAUUCCUGCCUGUAUAUCCCAAGUCUUUUUCUACGUCUCCUUUAUAAGCUCAGAACCAUUCUUGCUCUCAGCUAUGUCCUACGACCGCUACAUUGCCAUCUGCCACCCCCUACAUUACACACUAAUUAUGUCUUGGAGGGUCUGUACUCGUAUGGCCUCUCUGGUCUGGGUUGCAGGAUGGUCUAUCUCUUUAGCUCAUACUUUACUUUUGCUCAGGUUGUCCUUCUGCAGAACAUCUUCCAUCCACAACUUCUUUUGUGACCUUCCACACUUGUAUCAAAUCACAUGUACUGACCCCUUCAUAAACAUGGUGGCCGUAUUCUUAUCAGGUGCUAGUGAUGGAUUAGGAGCCAUCCUUUUGACCUUUAUUCCCUAUGUCUAUAUUAUAAGGACCAUCCUUAGAAUCCGUAGCAAGACUGGAAAGAGGAAAGCCUUCUCCACCUGCACAUCACACCUCACUGUGGUCUUCAUCUUUUAUGGCUCACUAAUUUUUAUUUACUUUGUACCCUCCUCCAGUGAUAUGAUCACAUUAAACAAACUGUUUACAGUCAUAUCUGCCCUCAUUAACCCAUUGCUGAAUCCUCUGAUCUACAGCCUGAGGAACAAAGAUCUCAUGGAGGCCCUUAUGAGGUCUUAUAAUCACUUAAGGUCGGCAUGUUAAAAAUAUCAUUCUGAACUUUGACAAGAUUUGGAUUUCCGUGCCAUUUUCAGUUGACUAGAAACCUCAGCAAGGUUCUUUAUAAAAAUGUAAACAUGCCGGGUGCUCGUAGUUUUGCAUACACUUCUAUGAACAGAGGUCAUUGUAACCCACACACCAAGUGUAGUUGUUUCAGUUUGCUUUGGUUAACCCCAAAAUGACUAUCUUCAAUUAUUUAUUUAUUUUACAUAGAUUUGAAUUUAUCUAUUGUAUAAAGCUUUUUUUUAACUGGCACAAAUCUGAUAAAUAGAAAAAAUUCUGAGAAAAUGUAGCUUUAGUUUGAAUAAUGAGCU